AUGGAAUUCACUGCUAUCGUUGUGUGUGGGAAGGGUAAAGCCUUGUCACCUUUUUCUCAAAUUCGUUCCACAGGGAUCCCAAAAGCAUUGUUACCAAUUGCAAACAAACCAAUGGUACACUAUGUCUUGGAUUGGUGUUUGAAAGCUAAUUUUGCCAAAGUAAUUGUCCUUGCGGAUGAAGAUGAAAAUGAUAACAAAUUAAUACAAGCUUCAGUUACUAAAUUUCAAGAAGAAUACGAAAAGAAAGAAAACAGACCAGCCCAAGUGAACGUCAUUGGAUAUAACUGUGAUAACAAUGGAUCUAUCUUACACUACUUGUACAAAAUAUACAACGAUGAAGAACAAUCAAAUGCAUUGAACAAGAACUUUAUUAUUUUACCAUGUGAUAUGAUCACCAACUUACCACCACAAGUCAUUAUUGAAGCUUAUAGAAACAAACAAGAGACAGAUUUGGGGUUGUUGAUUGCUUAUAAGAAUCAAUUGGAUAUUGAAGAUAAAAAGGGUAAGAUUUUCCCACGUAAUUAUACUAUUUACAGUGACAAUGAUGCAUCUGGAAAUAACGGCCCAGUUCUUUUGGAUAUGUAUAACACACAAGAUAUUGAGUUUCAUCAAGCUUUGACAAUCAGAACCCAAAUGUGUUGGAGAUAUCCUGCAGCUACCAUCAGUAAUACAUUAUUAAAUAGUGGAAUAUUUAUUGGAUCAUGUAAAGAAAUUUUUGAUAUAUUCCAGGCACAAAAGGAAAGGUUCACUGAAUCAUAUUUUGCCAAAAGAUCGUUACUCAAGAUAGUUCGUGAUUUAUCAAGAAGAUCAUGGAGACAUGCAACUGCUCAAGAAAAUAUCGGCUUAUUCAUAGUACCUCAACAAGCCACUUUCUUCAGAUGUAAUAACUUACCAGUGUUGAUGGAAGCCAAUAGAUAUUUCAUGAAAUUACAGGCCAUGAACAAAUCUGCAUCCCUGCUGGUUAAACAAGAUAAACAAUCCGGUGCACAUGUGGGUAAUGAUUCAUUAGUUGGAGAAAGCACUGAAUUAGGAGAAAAGACCAACGUCAAAAAGAGUGUCAUUGGUUCAAAUUGUAAGAUUGGUAGAAAGAAUAAGAUUACUGGUUGUUUGAUUUUAGAUAAUGUUGUAAUUGGUGACGAUGUAACAUUGGAGAACUGUAUCAUUGGCCAUGAUGUUAUAAUACAAGCCAAAUCUAAAUUGACAAACUGUAAUGUUGAAAGUACUAAUGAAGUGGUUAGUGGUACUCAAACAAAGAACACCAACUUGUUGUGCUUGACCUUGGAAGGUUUAGUUGAAGGUGAAGAAGUAAUUGACAGCAGUGAAGAAAUUGAUGACGACGACAGUGAUGAGGAUGAAAGCUACGAUGAUGAGGAUGAAAGUGAAUUUGAAGACGAAUAUACUGGUAAUGAAGACGGUCUAUUUGCUUAUUAG